AGGAUGAGGAAGAAGAAGAAGAAGAAGAAGAAGAAGUAGGAUGAGGAUGAAGAAGAAGAAGAAGAAAAGAAGAAGUAGGAUGAGGAUGAAGAAGAAUUCCAUUCCAGCAAAAAGUAUAUCUGCAGAGAGCUCCACUAUUUCUGACAGUUCUCUGACAGUUCCUUCACAUUUACAGCAGUUGAAACAUUGUAUCUAUUUGUUUCCGAAUAAAAACAUCUGUAUCCUAAAUGGAAACAAAUAGAUACAAUGUUUCAACUGCUGUAAAUGUGAAGGAACUGUCAGAGAACUGUCAGAAAUAGCGGAGCUCUCUGCAGGGACACUUUUUGCCGGCUGUAGAAGGGAUGAAAAUCGGCGGAUCGGGGAAAAUUCGAUUCG